UGUGGGGGCCGGGGGUGUGGCCUCCCAUGUUAGUCAUGUCAAAACCUGCUCACCUGGUCGCUCCCACUCACACAUACUCUCACAAAACACACAGACAUACACACCCAAAACUUACACAGCACAUCAGCACACCAUCCUGCUCCACCCAGCCCAGUCUACUUCAGUCUACUUCAAGUUCUGAAAGCUCUUCGUUUGCUGUCCUCAAACCCUUCUCUGCACGCCAGCAUGGCUCUCAUCAUCUACUUCAGCAGCGUCAGUGGAUCCAGGGAGCUGAAGCAGCAUCAGUCGGAGAUCUUCCAGUUCCUGGAUGCCAAGAAGAUCCAGUACAAGACGCUGGACAUCACGCAGGACACCAGCAUCAAGGACGAGAUGAGGAAGAAGGUGGGCAACCCCACCGCCAUGCCCCCACAGAUCUUCAGUGGAGACACCUACUGCGGGGAUUACGACAUGUUCUUUGAGGCAGUUGAGGACGGCAAAGCCGAGGCCUUCUUCAAGCUAUGAGUGAAGUCACCAUCACCCUCAUGUGCAAUGUAGAUUUGAGCUUUUUCAUAAAUAAACUAUUGUUUACGCUGUCAAUUGUUGUGUAUUGAUUGGUCUGUGUCACAG